CUAAGACGUCAUCACUCCGUCAUCAUCAGCUGGUCUGGGUUAUUGUGUAUAGAGUUAACAUUACAUUAAUAUUCUAAAUAUACACUAAGUAUACUUUCACCUGACACAUGUCCUCUAAGCUUCAAAUUUAAGGAAUAAAUAAAAAUUGUCAAGUAAUCAAAAUAGUAAAAUAAAUAAAACAAUGGUAGAUGCUACAACGAAGAAAACUCUGAGCGAUAUUCCAGUGUUGAAAACAAGAGCUGGUCCACGUGAUAAAGAGUUAUGGGUACAAAGACUCAAAGAAGAAUACACCACUUUGAUCAAGUAUGUACAGAAUAAUAAGGAAGCUGACAAUGACUGGUUUAGACUAGAAUCAAAUAAAGAAGGCACCAGAUGGUUUGGCAAGUGUUGGUACAUUCAUAAUUUGCUUAAAUAUGAAUUCGACGUUGAGUUUGAUAUACCAAUAACUUAUCCAACUACGGCUCCAGAAUUAGCAUUACCAGAAUUAGAUGGCAAGACUGCUAAAAUGUAUCGCGGUGGUAAAAUUUGUCUAAGUGAUCAUUUUAAACCUCUAUGGGCCAGGAAUGUACCUAAGUUUGGUAUUGCUCAUGCCAUGGCUCUAGGUCUUGGACCAUGGCUAGCCGUUGAGGUUCCAGAUUUAAUAGAGAAAGGAAUAGUAAAACAUAAAGAACAGAGUGAAUCCAACUAGAAGAAUUAAUCAAAUUUAUCAUUCCUAAUUUUUUAUCAAUCAGUUAUAAAAAAAAUUUAUAAAUUUUUUUAAACAAAUAAUUAUUUAAAUAAAUAAUUCUAUUCUACAUUUUAUA